CAGUUGGAUAGUAGCAAGAACACGUGUUUUAUCCAAUAAAAUAAAAAUCAUACGAUUUUUCAAUUUUUAUUGACCUUUUAUUUGGUUUUUUAUUUCACUAUUUUUAUUUAAUUAAGAUGCCUAGCAUACUGCCACAUGAUAAUGAAAUGAUUUACACAAAUCUAUCUAGCUCUAAUAUUCAAAACGAUUUAGAUUCUAAUAUUCUAUAUAAAAAUUCCAACCACAAUAUACAACGAACUAAUAAUUCCUUAAUUGAAUCUACAUCGAAAUUUAUUGAUGCAAUAAAUUAUAUGAAGGAUACUAUAAUGCUUCCUAGUCGUUUAAAAGAUAUUCCUAAUAAUAUAACUCCAUCUUUAAUCAUUUCUGAAAAUAUGAAUGGCAAUCCAACCUCAGAAUCAAAAGAAAGCUUUAGAAAAAAUAAUGUAAAAGAAAUGAAUAAAGAUCCUUCACUUACCUUGUAUAGUAACUUUUUAUUGUUAAAUGAAAUUAGUAAGGAACUAAAGUUGCUUCCAGGUUCAGAUGAAUCAAAUGCUUUGCAAGACUUUUCAAAUGGAUUUUUGAGUGAACAAGAUUUAUAUGCUUACCAAGCCUCAUUAAUUUUUCGUAAACAACUUAAAACGAUAUUAGAAUCUCUAGAAAAACUAACUGAUUCUGCAUAUUAUCUUGCUCAAAAAUAUCAAGAAAAUAUAGGAGAUCAAAGUGAAUGUAUGCUGCCAACUUCCAGACGUAAAUGCAGCUUAAAAUCAUUAUUUUAAUAUUCUUUAUAAUUAAAAAUAGACA